UUUGUUUUUGCCAUACUAUGGUCACACAGGAAUGCGAAUAAAUGUAAAUUCCAUGUUCAAAAAUGUCAAAGAAAACGCAGGAGAAACGAAAGCCGUGGGUGAAGAACCUCUAUUCGAACCGAGAGUACCCAGACAACUAUACCGAUGCCAGCUUCCUCAAAGAUCUGCGCACCAAUCUCCAUGUGCGAAUCUACACCUACCGAGAGGCCAUAGCCGGCAUUACGGUGCUAAACAAUCAGAUUUCCUGCAUAGCCGGCUUCCUGAUACUCUACCAGAUGAUGCUCAGUGACAGCGUCUCGCCCACCACUAUACUCCUGCCAAGCUGUGCGAUCACAGGAAUUGGCUAUUUAUGCUAUCGAGGGAGGAGUCUGAGCAUGCCGCUUUUGGGAGAGGAUUCAAAGACCCUGGUGACGGUCGUCCUCUUUGGUUACCUGUUCUCCCCGAUGCUGCACACCCUGACACAGGCCAUCAGCACGGAUACCAUCUACACCAUGACAUUCUUCGUCUUGCUGGCCAACCUGAUGUUCACCAACUACGGCCUGGACGUGGCAGUCGUCUCCAAAGCCAUAUCGCUAAAUGCGGCCAUUUUUGGAUCCAUCUGUCUGGCUUCGCGCCUCUCUACGUCGUACCACGCAUUUGUGCUGCUCGUCGAGGCUGCCAUAUUCUUUGUCCUGUAUCCCAUCAUCACGGAGGCCAACUGGAAUGCCCUCUUCAUGAUCCCCAUCUUUGUGAUCUGCUGCGGAGCUCUCUACUGGAUAUCGCGGCCGGUGCUUUGUCUCUACGCUUGCACCACGCUAUUCAUCAACUUUGUGUGUCCAUUCAUAUUCGUGAAGCAGCAGAAACACAAGUUCAACAUCCACGGACCCUGGGACGAGGCCAUUGUGGAGGAGAACACCGACGAGAAUCUCGAUGAGAACUUAUAGCGUCAGCUUCGCUUCUCACAGCAGCUACAACCAACCGAGCAUGGUGGCGGCGAUGUCGGGGAGCACUAGUCAUUGGCAUUCUGUAAUUUAUUUGUACAUAUUUUCUUUCUUACACUUAUUGCAUGCAUUUUUCAUUCCAAAAAUAUUCAUAAUCAUUGUUAUUUCGUUGUAAAUUAAUUUGUAAAUACUUGCAUGCAUUUUAAAAGAAAUAUAUCUACAAUUUUGUUGAUGUGCUUGCCCCAUGGAGGCCACAAUUGUUCCCAAU